UCUGGUGACACGGGGGGACAUCUGGCGACACGGGGGGACACGGGGGGACAUCUGGCGACACGGGGACAGCGGGAGGGGCGCGCACGCCCCCGUGCCCCCCGCCCCUCCCCCCCCGGGACACCUGGGCCGCCAGCUGGGCUGGGGGAGGGGCCCGGGUCCCCGAUGACGUCAGAGAGUGGGGGACAGGAGGGGGAGGGGUGCCGUGACCCCGGGGGACACCUGGACCGGGGGGGGGACACACCAGGACAGAGCCAGCCAUGGGGGGCACCGGCGUGACCCCCCCGUGUGACAAGUGCCACUGGUGUCACCUGCGUCCCCCGGUGUCACCUGUGUCGCGCAGGUCGCGUCCGCUCCCCAGCGUGUCCCCGGUACCACCCAGGUCCUCCCUCCUGUCCCCCGUGUCCCCCCCGUGUCCCCCCCGCAGCGGGAGCGCGCGGGGCGGAUUUAUGGGUGCAAUUAAUUAAGCGCCAUUUCAUUAAUUGCUCGCGGCUGCCAGGGGGGGAUUGGGGACACGCGGGGGCGGGGGCAGCCCCCCCUUGGGGACACGGGACACGCACGGGGACCCCACGGAGACCCCACGGGGACCCCAGAGAAUCCAGGGGACCCCACAGACCCCACAGCGGCUCAGCGCACACGCAGCACCCGCGACCCCCCCCGGCACCCACGGGUGCCCCCCCCGCGCUCCCAUCGUGACCGUGUCCCCCCCGUGUCCCCCCCGUGUCCCUCCCUGUCCCCCCCGUGUCCCUCCCGUGUCCCCCCCGUGUCCCCCCGGGCUAUAAGAGGGGGCGCGGGGGCCGCUCCCCCCACCCGCGAUGGCGGCCCCGGGGGGGACGGAGCCCGAGCGCGCCGCGGAGGGGUCCCCGGCCGAACGGGGGUCCCCGGAACAGGAGGGGUUCUUCUCGCUGCUGAGCUCCGUGCAGGGAACCCGCAUGGACGAACAGCGCUGCUCCCUGGGCGGGGGCGCGGGGGAAGGGGGCGGGGGCCCGCCGCCCCCCGAGCUGGCCUCGCUGCUGGACAUGGUGGCGAGCUCGCAGGGCCGCAGGAUGGACGAGCAGCGGCUGCCCGUGCCCAGACUGCCCGGCUUCGGCACCGGGGGCGCGCAGGACUGAGCCCCCGGAGCCGCCGAGACCCCCUCGCCUUCCCCCGGAGCCACCUCAGCCCUGUCCCCUCCCCUGGCUGUGUCCCCAAUAAACCCCCGAGCACUUGGGGCCUGUGACA